AAAUUGCAACAUUUUAAUUGAAAUGAACGUCUUCAUCGUUCAUAGACUCUGAAAAGAAAAAGAAAAAAAAGCCAAAAGAAGAGAAAGAAAAACGAAGCUCUCAAGAACCUAAAAAGCCAAAUACCACUUUUGCUUUUGCAGAUUUUCUCAUUUCAUAACGCAAAUUUUAGCAACCAAUUAGUGAAAAACACAAACAAAGAGGAACUAAAAAUUUGAUCGAUCGACGAUCAUCAUGUCUUUUUCCUUCUUCAAGCCAUCUCGGCCUAAAACGCCGCCAGAGGUGGUGAAAGCAAUGAAAGAUAGCCUCAUGGCUCUGGACACGAAAACCGUUGUCGACGUUAAAGCUCUAGAGAAGGCAAUGGAAGAAGUUGAGAAAAAUCUUGUGGCAGUGAGAUGUAUGCUUUCUGGAGAUGGCGAGGUUGAACCAAACAUGGAUCAAGUUUCACAGCUGGUUCUUGAAGUUUGUAAAGAGGAUCUUCUUGCCCUUAUGGUUCACAAACUGCCUCAUUUGGGAUGGGAAGCAAGGAAAGAUUUAGUUCAUUGUUGGUCCAUAUUGUUGAAGCAAAAGGUUGAUUCCAAGUGUUGCUGCGUGGAAUACCUCGAGAACAAUUUGGAAUUAUUAGACUUCCUUGUCGUGUGCUAUGAUAACAAGGAAAUUGCCUUGAAUUGUGGACUUAUGUUAAGGGAGUGCAUCAAAUUUCCAACACUUGCAAAAUACAUACUGGAGUCUGCAAGCUUCGGAUUGUUCUUCAAAUUUGUGGAAUUGCCAACCUUUGAUGUUGCUUCUGAUGCUUUCUCUACUUUCAAGGAUUUGCUUACUAAACAUGACACCAUGGUUGCUGAAUAUCUAACAGCACGCUAUGACGAGUUCUUUGAUAUGUAUGAAAAACUACUGACAUCCCCUAAUUAUGUGACAAGAAGGCAAUCGUUGAAGCUUCUGUCAGAUUUCCUUUUGGAGGCUCCAAAUUCCCAUAUAAUGAAGCGCUAUAUUUCAGAAGUUCGAUAUUUAAAAGUCAUGAUGACAUUGCUGAAGGACUCAAGCAAAAAUAUUCAGAUCUCAGCUUUCCACAUUUUCAAGGUUUUUGUUGCUAACCCGAAUAAGCCACGAGAAGUAAAAGUAAUUUUAGCAAAAAACAGUGAAAGAUUGGUGGAACUGCUUAAUAAUCUUUCCGUUGGAAAAGGUGCUGAGGAUGAGCAAUUUGAAGAAGAAAAGGAACUCAUAAUCAAGGAAAUUGUGAGAGUAUCACGCUCGCCAUAUCUGGAUAGUUAGGUCCUUACCUUUAUAGCAGGUUUUCUUUUUCUACUGAGAUUCUGUCUUACGGUUCAUUCUAAUUCCAUAUGAUGAUCUUCCGGCAACUGCUGUUUGCCAAAAAAAGUUGGUGUUUGGGGAGUUUCAAGGUAUUCAUAGGGAUAUGUGUACUUGCAAUCGUUUUGCCCAAGAAGUGAUACUGAGCAGUAGAAAUUGACAUUCGGUCUUUAAAACAUGUCUAAAUAGUAAAUUGUUGGUUUUGAGUGGUCAAAAGGCAUUUGUAUCAUAAUGAAGUUAUGUUGUUUUUGCUUUUGUUCUUUAUUUGUGCAAACAUGAGUGAUCAAGUUUUAAUGCAUGAUUUUCUUAUGAGCAAA